GUCUCCUGUGUUCAGCAAAGUUUGCCCUAGAAUGUUUAUUGUUCUUCAGAUGUUAUCAACACUUGUAAUCAUAUUCAUGAGCCUUUUGGCUUAUGAAUUCAUAUGUCUGAGUCUUCCUAGUCAAUAUCAGUUGCGCUUAAAUGAACUUUUUUUCUAAUUAAAUUACUUACCCACAUAUUAUUCUCACUGUGCAGUACCUCUGGUUGCCCCUUUGGCGAGGGUUGCCAUUUCCUCCAUUACUUCCCCGGUGGCCACCAGGCUGUUGCAAAGAUGAGCAACCUGGGUGGCCAAGCAUUUGCACACCCCCAAGGAAGAAUGCCCACAGGAUCUGCUGUUCCAGAUGGCCACCCUACACCAACUGUCAAGACUAAAUUGUGCAACAAGUAUAACACUGCAGAGGGAUGCAAAUGGGGCGACAAGUGCCACUUUGCACAUGGUGAGAGGGAGCUCGGCAAGCACACAUUCAUCAACAACUCCAUGCCACCCCAUAUGGGACCAAGGCCCACCGGCCACUUUCCUCACCGUAUACUGUACUAUCGUAACCGCGUGAUGACCGAUAGUUUUGGUGUAACAGUGCCGGAGGCGUUUGAAGCAGGCGCAGAAAGCAAAUCCAAGCCAUGCGUCAGGUUCUUCAGUACCGCAGGCUGCCGCUUUGGUUCCAACUGCCACUUCAUCCACGACAUCCCGGGCGGCUCUCAGGCCGUCGCAGAAACGAGCAUCCCAAGUGGCCCAGCUCCAGCUCCAAAAAUAGCAGAAUCGGAGUCAUUUCAAACCGGUGUAGGAAGCAAAUUGAAGCCAUGCACCAAAUUUUUCAGUACCUCUGGUUGCCCCUUUGGCGAGGGUUGCCAUUUCCUCCAUUACUUUCCCGGUGGCCACCAGGCUGUUGCAAAGAUGAGCAACCUGGGUGGCCAAGCAUUUGCACAUCCCCAAGGAAGAAUGCCUGCAGGAUCUGCAGUUCCAGAUGGCCCCCUUACACCAACUGUCAAGACUAAAUUGUGCAACAAGUACAACACUGCUGAGGGAUGCAAAUGGGGUGACAAGUGCCACUUUGCACAUGGUGAGAGGGAGCUCGGCAAGCACAUGUUCAUCAACAAGUCCAUGCCACCCCAUAUGGGACCAAGGCCCACCGGCCACUUUGGACCUCCGGCAAUGCCCAGCCCUGCCAUGACCAUCCCAGCAGGCUUCGGGGCUUCUUCCACAGCCAAGGUCAGUGUCGAUGCGUCCCUCGCAGGAGGCAUCAUCGGGCGGGGUAGAGUCAACACAAAGCAGAUAUCCCGAGUCACCGGGGCCAAGCUGGCCAUCCGGGACCACGAAUCAAACGAAGCCUUGAAAAACAUUGAGCUCGAGGGCACGUUUGAUCAGAUCAACAACGCCAGCGCCAUGCUCAGGGAGUUGUUCUUCAGGAUCAGCGGUGGCGCCAACGCCCCUCUGCCGAGUGAGAACCUGGCCGGAGGAUCUCACCGCGCCGGCGGCGGUGGGUAGGGAAGCAACUUCAAGACCAAGCUGUGCGACAACUUCACGAAAGGGUCGUGCACAUUUGGCGUCAGAUGCCACUUUGCCCAUGGCGAAAAUGAGCUGCUCAAAUCGGCUGCCGCAUGAGGUUGAUCUGCCCACCCAUUAGUCAGUGUAACUGUGAACCCUUGAGGGCUGAAGAUUUAUUCUCUGACUGUCCUUGGGAUAAUGCCAUCGGUUUUAUGGAUUUCA